UUAAGGUCAGGUUAUAGUGGACGCAUCCGGGUCUAAAGGGACUGAGCACUGGGUCAGCCAGGGUGCAAGAGGAGAUAGGCGAGGGCAGCACAUAGAUGCACUGAGAAUGGGAUGUUGAUGAAGGCAUUUGAACGGCAGCUAAGCCAGAUGGUGGAGUCAACUACAAACCACUGAGAUCAACUGAUGUGACAUCACCUCGCCGCACCGGGCUGCAGACGCAAUCUGUAUGAUUCACGAAUCUCUGCGCCAACCCAGUAGAAGUCAGUAGAGUCCAGUGAAGGACCGACUGCAUCGAUAGAAAUGGCUUCAACAGCCAUAUCUCCAUCCUCUCUCACCUCCCGCCUCUCCUCACCCCUCCUCCUCUUCUUACUCUCUGCCUUCCUCUUCCUGUCCUGUCCCGGAUCAGUGGACGCGGCUGAUGCAAACUGCUCAGCUGCUGGAGACCAGUGUCAGGAAGGAGUGGUGCUGCCCGUGUGGAACCCUCAGAACCCCUCUGUGGGCGACAAAGUGGCGCGGGCCAUUGUUUACUUCGUGGCUCUCAUCUAUAUGUUCCUGGGCAUGAGCAUUAUAGCGGACCGGUUCAUGUCUUCUAUAGAGGUCAUAACCUCCCAGGAGAAAGAAAUCACUAUAAAGAGGCCGAAUGGUGAGACCACCACCGCCACGGUCAGGAUCUGGAAUGAGACCGUUUCUAAUCUCACUUUAAUGGCCUUGGGUUCCAGCGCCCCUGAGAUACUGCUGUCAGUUAUUGAGGUGUGUGGUCACGAUUUUGAGGCCGGCUCUCUGGGUCCCAGCACCAUCGUGGGCAGCGCUGCCUUCAACAUGUUCGUCAUCAUCGCCCUGUGUGUGUAUGUGGUACCCGAUGGAGAGACGCGUAAAAUCAAACACCUUCGGGUGUUUUUCGUCACGGCAGCCUGGAGUAUCUUCGCCUACAUAUGGCUCUACCUGAUUCUGAGUGUCUUUUCCCCGGGAGAGGUGGAGGUUUGGGAGGCAGUGCUCACCUUCCUCUUCUUCCCGCUCUGUGUGGGCCAGGCCUGGGUGGCAGACCGUCGCCUCCUCUUCUACAAGUACGUCCGCAAGCGUUACCGCGCCGACAAACACCACGGCAUCAUCAUCGAGACCGAGGGAGGGCCGGAUGGAGCCAUGGGUAUGUCCGGAGGAGGUGCCCUGGGGCCGGGGGGUUUCACCAAGAUGGACAUGCUGGAGCUGGACGGACAGAUGGCGCUGAAUUCUCACAGUGGGAUGGACGGAGGGAUGAUGGAAGACGGAGCGAAGGACGGACAAGACGAGGCCAGGAGGGACAUGGCGAAGACGCUGAAGGAUCUGAAGCAGAGGCACCCGGAUAAAGACAUGGAGCAACUGAUCGAGAUGGCUAAUUAUCAGGUCCUGAUGCAGCAGCAGAAGAGCAGAGCGUUCUAUCGUAUCCAGGCAACCAGGAUGAUGAUUGGAGCUGGAAACAUCCUGAAGAAGCACGCUGCCGACCAGGCCCGCAAGGUGGUGAGCAGCAAUGAGACGCAGGCGCAGGAGGACGACCCUCACACCAUCACGAUGGACUUUGAACCCGCUCUGUACCAGUGCUUCGAAAACUGUGGCUCCUUAAAACUGACUGUGGGCAGACACGGAGGAGACCCUGGAGUUACUGUCAAGGUGGAUUAUCGCACAGAGGACGGCACAGCAAACGCAGGUUCGGAUUAUGAGUUUGCAGAGGGAACGCUGCUGUUCAAGCCGGGAGAGACCCUCAAAGAGAUCACAGUCGGAGUGAUUGACGAUGACAUCUUCGAGGAGGAUGAGUAUUUCUACGUCCACCUCAGUAACCCUCGGCUGGUUGGAUAUCCGGAGAUCGGCACUGCCCCGCAGGACACCAGCGUCGCCCCCAAAGCCGUGCUGGGGGACAACCACACCGCCACAGUGACCAUCUACGAUGACGAUCACGCAGGUAUCUUUACCUUUGAGGCCGGCAGUCAGAAGGUGAGCGAGAGCGUGGGUGUGAUGGAGCUGAAGGUGUUGAGGACUUCGGGGGCCCGAGGCCUGGUGGCCGUCCCCUACCGAACCGUGGAUGGCAGCGCUAGAGCGGGAGAGGACUACGAAGUGUCCGCCGGCAAGCUGGAGUUCCAGAACGACGAGACCAUGAAGAUCAUUGAGGUGAAGAUCAUUGAUGAUGAGUUGUAUGAGAAGAACAAGACCUUCACCCUGGAGCUGGGAGAGCCCAUUCUGCUGGAGAUAGGGCAGAAACACGGGGACUCCAAUGAGAACAAGCCCUUGGUGGGAGCAGAGGACGAAGAAGUGGCCAAGAUGGGCUGUCCCAGUCUGGGAGAACACACACAAGUAGAGGUGGUCAUCGAAGAGUCCUACGAGUUCAAGAAUACGGUAGAUAAGUUGAUCAAGAAGACAAACCUGGCCUUGGUGGUGGGAAGCAGCAGCUGGAGGGAGCAGUUUGUCAACGCUGUCACUGUCAGCGCAGGAGACGACGAUGAGGAGGAGAGCGGCGAGGAGCGGCUGCCGUCCUGCUUCGACUACAUCAUGCACUUCCUCACCGUCUUCUGGAAGGUCCUGUUCGCCUUCGUCCCGCCCACGGAGUACUGGAACGGCUGGGCCUGCUUCAUCGUCUCCAUAUCGCUGAUCGGCGUCCUGACGGCGGUCACCGGAGACCUGGCCUCGCACUUUGGCUGCACGGUCGGCCUGAAGGACUCGGUGACGGCCGUGGUGUUUGUGGCGCUGGGAACAUCUGUGCCAGACACAUUCGCCAGCAAGGUGGCCGCCAUCCAGGAUCAGUACGCCGACGCCUCCAUCGGGAACGUCACAGGCUCCAACGCGGUCAACGUGUUCCUGGGCAUCGGCGUGGCGUGGACCCUGGCCGCCGUGGUGUGGCGCUCCAGGGGCAAGGUGUUCAAGGUGGACCCAGGGAACCUGGCCUUCUCCGUCACGCUCUACACCAUCAUGGCCGUCAUCUGCGUGCUCAUCCUGCUGUACCGGCGGCGGGCCUCGGUGGCCGGGGGUGAGCUGGGGGGGCCGCGGACUUGCAAGAUUAUCACGUCGCUGAUGUUCUUCUCCAUGUGGCUGAUCUACAUCCUGCUGGCUUCACUGGAGGCCUACUGCCAUCUACCAGUGUUCUAAAUGGAGAGGAGACUGACCCACUGCCAAGAGGGGGAGAGGGAGAGAGGAGUCUUCAGACGGACAGGUCCAGGACAGAUGGGUAGCGGAUCAAUAAUGGACUCUCAAUUUCCUCUUUUUUUUACGAUUUUCAGUGUUUCAGAUAUAUUUUUGUCUCUCCAUUUAUUUAUUUCCUGCAAACACUAAGUCAUUUUUGCAUAAGCAGCUCUUUUAGGAAAGGAGUCCCACCAUCUACCCAGUGUUAAAGAGACAUAAACCCUCCUAACUAAGAUUUAUUUCACAUAAAUGUAUGUUUUAAAGGAGCUUUUAUGUUUUUACCUAAAUCAUCCAUCAUCGUCAGUGGACCACACGGUUUAAUAGUCUGAUAUCGUUCAAUAUACUGCCAAAUCAGCAGGAGAGAAAAAGAGAUUUGGAGCAAGGAGAGGUGUGACGCCAUCACUCGGAGAAAAAGUUGAAGAGGAAGAUUUAGGGAGGAAGAUAAAAGAGGACAUUGAGGCAAAACAACUACAAAAAUGUUGUGGAUAAAGUCGAUGGACUUGACUGGAGAAGAAACAAGAAAAAGAAGAAUGGAUUAGAAUAAAUAUUCUUCUCCUCACUUUCUCUCUCUUGCUACUUUCUGCUUUUUCCUUUCUGGUCUACACAGGAAGAAUCAUACCCACUGUACUCUGUUAAUACUACCAGUGACUUAUAGGUUGAACCCCUAUCCCAGCUGUACACACACACACACACACACACACACACACACACACACACACACACACACACACACACACACACACACACACACACACACACACACACACACACACAAUGUGGGACCUCAGGUGAAUAACAUUGGAGGACCUCUGGCAGGAUAACACAGGACUGUUCCUUUUUCUUUUUUUCGUGAAUACACUGCGAAAUAUACACUCCACCCCUCCACACACAUUCUUUCCUACAAAACACUCCUCCCUCAUCCCUCCCUUUGCCUUACCCGCUGUAGGACUUGUCUUAAUGUUGUGAUAAUGAAACGCUGUAGUAACCACCAUCAAUCCCUCUUUUUAAUUGAGCCAAUCCCAAGUCCUCCUGCUUUUGCGCCAAUCAGCAGCCUCGUUUAUCCCACCAAGGAGUCUCCCCCCCCCUUUAUUUUCUAAACUUUUCAAUGGCGUCACGUGUUGAUGUUGUUACCGUGCAAUUGUAAAAAAGAAGAAGAAGUGAAGUAAGAUAAAGACAUAUAAAUAUAGUAUGGAGAUAUGGAGGUAAAAAAGAUUUAAGCAGGUGGUUCAGAAGAAUGUAACUUGAGGAUUCAAAAUGUCGGAUUAGCAUCUGGGAGAAAAGUGGGAUGGAGAAGAAACGUGUGAUAAAAAAGUCUGGAAAACCAAGCAGUCCACUUUGUAAAAGUUGAAUGAAGAAGCGUUGUGCAAUACACAGCGUGACUGUUAACACUCUAAAGUCGCUUGUAAUGGCAAGGACAUGAAAAUCGGGACUAAACAGGAAAUGAUUUAACGCUAUCUUCGGAACAAGAUGGACGCCAGUUAACGACUAAGAAGAGGAGGACGUUGAUGACGAAUCAAACUAUGACUAGUGUUUCUAAUUGUACAUGAUAAUAUAAUACACUUUUAUUGAUGUGUGUGAGAAACACUGAUAUUUAAUUGAUGUGAAAACCCCAGAGGAAAUAGGAAAUUGUCACCCUUCUUUCCUCUGAAACACAGUUCAAGGAGACAUUUAAGGGAAUCCCACCACCAGGGGAAAAGGCUGGAGGACUCACAGACAGAGAGAGGAGUCUCUGAGGGAAAUGUACGGCAGCUCUGAAAUAUCACACGACUGUUCUGUGGCAGUCGUCACGUUAGGAUGUUUCUUUGAACAAAAAUCACAAAUCCUCUGUUAUCCAAAGAUGUAAUAGAAGAACAAUGUCACAGAUCACCGUUCAUCUCCAGUGUGCCGUUUUACCUCGCAGGCGUCGUACAAGUCCCACCAGCUGCCAGGUGUAAAAAUACUCUCAUAUUUAAAGGUGUUCACACUACAGAUAUAUGUGCUUAACCAUUGGUAUUUUUAUGGGUACGAGCCUUUAUCAAAAGCUGUGCUAACUAUUUCGUUUUUGUAUAGAAGUUUAUUGAUUGAGGCAUGGUGUGUGUGAAGGUUUGUAAGUAGUAGAGAAUAUUAUGCCACAUAUCAUAUGAAAUCCUCACUUUUUCAAAGUGCGUUGAAUCCAGAUUUAUAUAACGUAUGUGUUUAUAGCCCUGCCUUGCCCAGGGGCUGGGCUGAAGCUGGGCAGAAAGGAUGGCAUAUGGUGCAGGUGAUUAUUAAAUGUAAUCCCUCUGUUAACAGUAGCGUACGAGCAACCAUUUCCCCAUCAGCUGCCCACACAGCUCGUUGUAAACUUCAAGGAAAAUCCUGUAAGGACAAUAAUUUAGCUUUUUUGUUUAUUCCACAUAGAGCAAAAUGGGACUGAAAACAACAAUUUACCUGCCCACCAUCCGCCCUUUUUCUUUCAGAUAAGGACAAAUUACCCGCUGCUUUCAAUUGUAUGUAAAUUCUUACAAAGCCCGCUCAGUCUUCACCAGGCUCAAAAACACACUGGUGGAAAUUACUUCCUGUGUCACCCCUUCAAUCAAAUGUGACGUUUUAAACGCUGCCGCAGUCCCCAUCAUUUUCUAACAGCCAUAAAGGAAGGAAUCCAAUCUUAAUUGCAGAAAAUCUGUUAAAGUGGCUGUAAAAUCUACCUUGAACAGCUGUUUUCUGCGUUAGCUGAUAUCUGACAGGCACAGCCAAUAUUCACUGAUAAAGAGAUGUGGCCCCCUGCCAUCGAUGCGCUUGCCCUCUUUCAAAAGAAUAUUUCUUGGCUGCAAAUUUUUUCUAUUACUGUCUAGAAAAUAGACACAGCUUUACACCCCCACUGAGGACUCUGCAGCAUGUUAAGUGCUUCCAGGGCCUUUUGGGAAAAUAUUGAGGUCAGGAAUCCAAUCCUGGAGAGAAAAGUUUGUCAAACCCCCAAACAGAUACUAUUUUAUUUGGAGUUCUCGUGUUUCAUUCUGUUAUAUUUCCAUUAGUUUCCCAACAUGCAGAUCUAAAUGUCUUAAAGUAGAAGAAUCUACUGAAAGUAUCCCACUAUCCUCAAUCUUAGUCCCGGUGCUUGUUGACAUGAUGUUUGAAUUACCCGUACCUAUUUGAAACUGUCAGACUAACCAUCCAGAUCCUCUCAAAUCCUGAGUCACUCCUGCAGCGCACCGUAUAUUUUCAAACACAGGAGUCGGUCAUCAGUUAGUUUUGACAUGACUUACACGUUGGCAUAGCUCCUGACCCUCUGAGAUGCCAAACGGUCUCUCCAUGACUCCAGCCUCUCUAACGUUUGCAGGGCCAAGACUGAGUGGGCGGGAUCAUAGUGACGCCACAAGAAUACUGAGACUGAUUUAGAAAUGUAGGCUCUUUAAAGGUUCAUAAUCCUUUUUGGAAUAAGACUGAGUUUGUGUGUGUGUGUGUGUGUGUGUGUGUGUGUGUGUGUGUGUGUGUGUGUGUGUGUGUGUGUGCGUGUGCGUGCGUGCGUGCGUGCAUUCUAAGUGAGUGAAGAAAUGCAACCAUAUUUUUAGUCUCUUGCCUGUUGCUUAGCGACCAUCUAACUGCGAGCCGUUGUCUUCUUGACUGUUGCUGGUGUGUGUGUGUGUCACUCUCCUUUGAUGUUUCUCACUUUCCCUUCUUAGAUCGAAUGUGACAGUUUCUCAUUCAUUAGAUCUCUCUCUGCGGGCCAAUUCCAACAUGUAUUACUCUUCGUUUCCUCCGACGUGUGUGUAUUGUAUCCUUUGUGUUCCUCGUGCCUCACCUUGUUUGCAUGUGUAUCCGUUGUGUGUAGGUCUACAUGCGUAUGUGUGCCUUUGUUUGUUUGUGCUGCUUGAUGUUGUAAUCUCCUUAUAAGGGCUCGCCCCCCCGCGUCCCUGGCUGAGUCCCAAACGCCAGAUUAAUGAAUCUGAAUGCCAACCUGACCCACAGUAAAAAAAGACCUGGAAAUUGGAUUCCCUCCAUUUCCUGUGUGUGUGUGUGUGUGUGUGUGUGUGUGUGUGUGUGUGUGUGUGUGUGUGUGUGUGUGUGUGUGUGUGUGUGUGUGUGUGUGUGUGUGUGUGUGUCUGUCUAUCGAAUUAGACGUAUAUUAGAUUUGGCUGGCAAUCAAGAUUGAAAUAGAUGGUGGCACAUUGCUUGAAGAAAUGUGUGUGUGUGUUUGUGUGUACAGUGUGUGAGUAGCUGUCAUACAUUAAGGUCACUGACUCUACAAACCGAUAGCAUGAUGUCAUGAUGCUGACAAUCACACACGUGUAAAUAACACAUUACAUUACAUUGCAUUUAGCUGACGCUUUUAUCCAAAGCGACUUACAAUAAGUACAUUCGACCAGGAAGAUACAACCACACAUGCACACGUACUGCACUUGUAGAAACAGAUGAUUGAUAUGGUUAUCAAGAAAGCAAUCCACACACACACACACACAAAACUCUGGCUCUCCGCAGUUUUAGUAAAACUUAACAUAUAUAUCCUAGCAAUGUUACACUUUAAUUUAUUUGGAAAAUGACAACAGAAGCCCGCUAAGAAAGUGUAUUUAGUUGACGCUUUAAGUGGCGGUUGCUAGGUCGAUUAUUUGUGCAUGUGUGUCUGAGUGUGUGUUUACAGACAUAAAUCAUUAUGUUUAUAUGAGUUAGAGAUAUAAAGAUACUGAGCUUGUAAAGAACCAAUUUUCCCAUUUUCCCAUUUUAAUUUCAGAGACAUCUCUAGCGUGUGUGUGUGUGUGUGUGUGUGUGUGUGUGUGUGUGUGUGUGUGUGUGUGUGUGUGUGUGUGUGUGUGUGUGUGUGUGUGUGUGUGUGUGUGUGUGUGUGUGUAUCAACCUCUAUUUAUCAAUGUUUUUUACCUUCUUUUCCCCCUCUACCUUCUAAAUAUUUAUAUAUUAUAUCACUUCCUGCUUUCCGUUUUAUUUAUAUAUCAUGCCACCCUAUUAAUGAGGUCACAAAGUGCUUUUGAUAUAAUUAUCUUUCAUUUCAAUUUUUCAAUUCAUUUUAUUAUUAUUAUUUUAUUGUGCAAUGUUUAAUUUGUGUCCAAGGUUUUAUGUUGUUUUGGUGAUUUUGUUUUGUAAAAUGAAAAAAAGCCCUCAGAGUAGAACAGGAAAUUAGCAUAGUUACAAUUUAAAUAGUGUUCUAUUAUCCCUUUUUUAUUGUGUGAGCGAGUGCGAGUGUGUGUGGACGCGCGCAUCUUUUCAUCAUUCCGUCCAUGAGUGUGUCGACGCAUGAAUUAAACUCAUUCUGAAUACAGUGUUGAUGUUGGAAAUGUCGUAGUAAAGAGUAAAGUAUUUUUAAAUGCUGAAAAUUACAUGACAUGAAAACCGAUAUAGAUGUUUACAAAGACCAAACUUUUAUUUUAUUUCUUUUUUUUCCUCAAAGAUGAAAUAAAACUUGACUGGCAAACGCU